AUGCCACCAAAGAGGGGAGGAGUAGCAAAGUCAAAGGCGGUGUCUAAGAAAGCCGCGGCGGUGCCGACGCCCAAGGCUACUCCCCCGGGAAGAAGGAAGUCGCGCGCCAGCAGUGUUCAGCCCGGCGACCCCGUCCCCCAGGGUAAGAAGAGGCGUUACAGGCCCGGCACGCUUGCGCUCAAGGAGAUCCGCAACUACCAAAGGACGACAGAUCUCUUGGUUGCUAAGCUUCCCUUUGCGCGAUUGGUCCGCGAAAUAGCCAUGCAAUUCCGCCCCAUGGACGAGGAAAUGCGCUGGCAGUCGCAAGCCAUCCUGGCCCUGCAAGAGGCCGCCGAGGCCUUUCUCGUCCACCUGUUCGAGGACACCAACCUGUGCGCCAUCCACGCCAAGCGCGUCACCAUCAUGCAGAAGGACAUUCAGCUGGCUCGCCGGAUACGCGGCGUGUGGGGAGGUGCUGGAUGGGUAUGAGUGUGAUUAGCGCAUGGCGGUGCGGCUGAUGCAGCAACAGCAGCGGUAGCGGAAGCAGAAGCGCAGUCGAAAGUUGUUGCUACUACUACUACUUAUUACUACUGUAAUGGACCAUAAGGUUUAGCCUGGCAUGGUCUGGCUAUGCU